UUUCAAUCUAGCGAUUUAGUUGAUCUACGGACGGGGUUGCAGUGAUAAAUAUUUAGUACAAAAAUGUAUUUCGUCACCUUGUUAGCAAAGUGCUUGAUCGCAAUCUUGUUUGCAAAAUCGGUUACGGCUAAUAUAAUCCGCGAUCAAAAAUAUACAUACCCAGCAGUUCGUCGAAAUGAAAGUGUCGUCGAUGUUUUGCAUGGAACGAAAGUGACCGACCCAUAUCGAUGGCUAGAAGAACCAGAUUCAGAUGAGACAAAACAAUUUAUCGACGCUGAAAAUAAAAUAACACAGUCAUUCUUGGAGAAUGACGGUAAAUGGCAGAAAAUCAAUAAAAAGUUAACAGAUAUGUGGAACUAUGACAAAUGGUCGACACCAGAACGUCAUGGAAAAUACUAUUUCGUUCUCAGAAAUUCGGGUCUUCAAAAUCAACCUGUUUGGUAUAAGCAAUCCUCAUUAACUGAUGAACCAACUGUAUUCUUUGAUCCAAAUACACUUUCGUCGGACGGAACGAUUUCGUUGCAUGGCAGAUCAUUUUCCGAGGAUGGAAAACUUUUUGCAUACGGUCUGACUAAAUCUGGUUCAGAUUGGGUGACAAUCAAAAUUCGUGAUGUUGAAAGUGGAAAAGAUUAUCCCGAUCUAUUGCAGAAUAUUAAAUUCACUUCAAUGACAUGGACACAUGAUAAUAAAGGGCUUUUCUACUGUCGUUACGACCAAGAGGGUGAUGGUUCCGAAACUGAAUCGAACAAAAAUCAAAAAUUAUAUUAUCACCGUUUUGGCGAAUCACAAGAAAAAGACGUUCUCGUUGCUGAAUUUCCAGAAAAUCCACUGUGGAUGAUAUCGACUGAAAUGAGUGAUUGUGGCAAAUAUUUGAUUUUAAUGGCUGAGGUCGGUGAGAAUCAACUCUUAUACUUUGCUGAUUUGGAGAGCAACGGUCCGAUUACGGGAAAAAUUCCACUUACCCAAAUUGUUACAGAAUUUGAUGCUUCAUAUGAUUAUGUAGCAAAUAUGGGAUCAAAAGUAGUAUUUCGCACGAAUAAGAAAGCCCCAAAUUAUCGACUUGUUGUCAUCGAUUUUGAUAACUAUGCUGAGGAAAAUUGGACAACUCUGAUUGAGGAAGAUUCUAAAGAUGUAUUGAGGUGGGCGCAUUGCGUAGAUAACGAUAAAAUUGUGAUAUCAUAUCUUCACGACGUAAAGAGUAUAUUACAAGUAAAUUCUCUUAAAACCGGUAAAUUGAUUCGGAUGUUUCCACUUGAAAUCGGAACCGUAAUCGGAUUCGAGGGUAAUCAUAAAUCGUCCGAGAUUUUCUAUCAACUUGUUUCAUUUUUGACACAUGGCAUAAUUUAUCGUUAUGAUUUUGCUACGCCCCACACAGAGCCAACUAUUUUGAGUGAAAUUAAAUUGAAUGUACCCGAUUUUGAUAGAAAUAAUUAUAAAGUAGAACAAGUAUUUUAUCCAAGCCUCGACGGCACAAAGAUUCCUAUGUUCAUUGUACAAAAGAAAACCGAAUCCAAACAGCAUAAACCGGCAUUACUUUAUGGUUACGGAGGACUCAAUUCUCGUCUAUUGCCAGUGUUCCAUUUACCUUACUUUUUCUUUGUCCAUGAAUUCGAUGGUAUUUUGGCUAUUCCAAAUAUCCGUGGUGGCGGUGAAUAUGGCCGAAACUGGCACGAAGCUGGACGAUUGCUCAACAAACAGAAUGUUUUUGACGAUUUUCAAGCUGCCGCUAAGUACUUAGUUGAGCACAAAUAUACAGUACAUGAAAAGAUUGGGAUUAAAGGAGCUUCAAACGGUGGAUUACUUGUUGGAGCCUGUAUCAAUCAACGACCAGACUUAUUUGGCGCCGCUGUAGCUCAAGUCGGUGUGCUUGAUAUGCUGCGUUUCCACAAAUUUACAAUUGGUCAUGCAUGGAUCUCUGAGUUUGGCAAUCCCGAUGAAAAGAUACAUUUUGAAAACCUUUACAAAUACUCGCCGCUACAUAAUAUUCAUGCACCAAAUAGCACCGCAAAUAAAUAUCCAUCGACAUUGAUUCAGACGGGUGAUCAUGAUAACCGAGUUAGUCCAUUGCAUUCGUUGAAAUUCACCGCUGAACUACAAUACAAAGUGAAAAAUAAUGAAUUUCAAAAGAAUCCAAUUCUGUUGAGAGUUUAUAGUAAAACUGGGCAUGGCGCAGGCAAACCAACAGCAAAAAAGAUCGAAGAAGAAACAGAUGUUUUUACAUUUUUGUAUAAGGCACUUCAAAUCAAUGCAGAAUUCUGAUUGAAAAUAUGUGCUUGUGUUU